AUGGGUUAUGUGCUGCGAGUGAGAUUUGCUUCGUUCUUCACCGGCGCCGCCCUGGCGUCCGCCGGCGGCCUCUAUUUCCUCCAGAAGGAUUACAAGAUUGCCCACCACGCCAUUUCGCAACAGAUGAGUAGCCUUUAUGAGUCUCUGGAUGGACGCGUAUCAGCAUUGGAGAAGUUUAAAGAAGUCGACGCCCCAAAGCAUGUGGACACAGCUGAAUAG